UAUGCAGGUAACUCGUCUAAGAUGUGGUGGUUUUAUCUUCGCGCUAAGAUUAAACCACACAAUGAGUGAUGCACCCGGUCUCGUCCAAUUCAUGACUACAGUGGGUGAAAUGGCACGCGGUGCAUCUGCUCCAUCUAUACUUCCAGUCUGGUGUCGAGAAUUGCUAAAUGCAAGAAAUCCGCCUCAAGUGACAUGUACACAUCACGAAUACGAUGAAGUACCCGAUACAAAGGGCACAAUUAUCCCCUUAGACGACAUGGUUCACAAGUCUUUCUUUUUUGGCCCUUCUGAGGUCUCAGCACUUCGCAAAUUUGUCCCUCAUCACUUGCGUAAGUGUUCCACUUUUGAACUACUCACAGCAGUCCUUUGGCGUUGUCGAACAAUGUCCCUAAAACCUGAUCCAGAAGAGGAAGUUCGCGUUCUUUGCAUUGUCAAUGCACGUUCGAGGUUCAAUCCUCCUUUGCCUACUGGCUACUAUGGCAACGCCUUUGUAUUCCCCGUAGCAGUCACAACUGCGGCUAAGCUGAGCAGAAAUCCACUAGGAUAUGCACUCGAGUUAGUGAAGAAAACAAAGACGGAUGUGACUGAAGAAUAUAUGAAAUCAGUGGCAGAUUUAAUGGUGAUAAAAGGGAGACCCCAUUUUACAGUGGUGAGGACUUAUCUUGUAUCAGAUGUGACUAGAGGUGGAUUUGGAGGAGUGGAUUUUGGAUGGGGAAAAGCAGUAUAUGGUGGACCAGCUAAAGGAGGAGUGGGUGCAAUUCCUGGUGUGGCUAGUUUUUAUAUACCAUUUAAAAACAAGAAAGGUGAGAAUAGAAUUUUGGUACCAAUUUGUUUGCCUUGUUUUGCUAUGGAAACAUUCAUCAAAGAACUUGAUGGUAUGUUGAAAGGUGAUGCUCAAUUAGUCAACUCAAACUAUGCCAUUAUAAAACCUGCCCUUUGAGAUAUUAAUUACUCCUAUGAAUUAAUUAUCUCGAAUACUUCAUCUGUUUUUGUGUGUGUGUAAUUUCAAAUUAAAUGUUGC